UCUCUCUCUCUCUCUCUCUCUGUGCUUCACUAGAGAUCUAGAUUGACACGCCUCGCUCUGCAUGCGCUUCUGGGAUCAGAGCGACAGUCCCCCGAAUGCAUGUCGAAUGAGCGAGAUCGUGCUCUGAGUGCAUCCAGCCCCACUCAAUCUCUCAGGAGAUGGGAAAGAAAGGAAGCGGCUGGUUCUCGUCCGUGAAGAAGGCUUUCAGAUCUUCUUCUCCUAAGGAGUUGCCUGCGAAGAGGAAAGAUGGUGGCGCCGAGAGAUGGCGGAACGACGCUCCGGAGGUGGUGUCGGUCGAGCAUUUCCCGACCGAGAGCUCGCCGGACAUCACCAACGACGGGAGCGUGGCUUCGACCCCUGUGACCGAGGAUAGGAAUCACGCGAUCGCGGUGGCGGUGGCGACCGCCGCGGCCGCGGAAGCAGCCGUGGCGGCAGCUCAGGCGGCGGCAAAGGUGGUUAGGUUGGCUGGUUACGGACGGCAUUCUAGGGAAGAGAGAGCCGCUACCCUCAUUCAGUCCUAUUACAGAGGCUACCUAGCACGGCGUGCGCUGCGAGCGUUGAAGGGGUUGGUGAGACUACAAGCGCUGGUAAGAGGCCACAACGUGCGCAAGCAAGCCCAGAUGACCAUGCGGUGCAUGCAAGCCCUGGUCCGAGUCCAGGCCAGGGUCCGAGCCUCCCGGCUUCAGCUCUACCCUGACAAGCUCGUUCACGACAUGGCCGAUGACGGUGGCCAGCGGCGAGCACCGAUUGAGGUGGGCCGCAAACCUUACAACAGCCCCGUCCCGAAGAGCAAGUACCACGAGAUAUCGUCGGACAACCGGGAUGGCGGGCGCCGGAGUUCUGAGAAGAUGAGGGAGAAUUCUUCCAGGAAAAGUGAAGGUGUGAUGAAGAAGGAGCGAGCUCUUGCUUACGCCAUAAGCAUUCAGCAACAACAACCGAUGCGACCGGAACCGAGCGACAUGGACGAAGGACUUUAUGCUAACGAAAGGGAAAAGGCACAGUGGGGAUGGAACUGGCUCGAGCGUUGGAUGGCAGCACAGCCGUACCACGUCCAGCAAUUGGGGGUGCAGGACCACCCUUACAUGGCGCUUCCCACCAUCACCAAGAACACGACCGCGACGGACGACUUGUCCGAGAAGACGGUGGAAAUGGACUUGGUGACCCCAGAGAACAUGAACUUGGGCUUUCUUGGUAGGGAAUCCGGUGAUACCAGCCCAUACCCCGCCCGGCAUCAACGCCAAUCGAGCUCGAACAACAUCCCGAGCUACAUGGCCCCUACUCAGUCUGCCAAGGCCAAGGUGAGAGGUCAAGGCCCGGCCAAGCAGCGGAGUCCGUUAGGGCCUCAGUGGAACCCUUCGACUAAGCAAGGUCCGAGCGCCGAAACGGGCUGUGAUUCCUCGAGCUCCGGCGGAGGGACGACAACCUACCCAGCACCAAGAAGCCCGAGCCUUAAAGUUAACGGGCCGCAGGGCCAAGGCAGGAGAAUCGCAGGUUACAGCCCCGAGCAUAUGGGCAUUGAUGACUGGACGCUACCCGUUGUUGGGCGUCCAUGGAGGCACGAUUUUGGUUGAUCCUGUGGUGUUCUUGCGUCUCUGGGUAUAUACAUCAAGCUGAACAAUUAUGACAACGAGCGAAGAGUUCUCUUGUUUAUUUGUCCAUAAGACUUUAAAUUUAUGGUAAUGUAAAAGUUUAUGGAUUGACGUUAUGAGACUUUCCCGUAAAAAUAAAAAUGCAAGUGUCUUUUGCCUUAUCA